AAUCUGCUUCUAUAAAUAAAAAUAAAAUAAAGUAUUGUUGCUGCAUGGAAGGCAACUUGUAAGAUAUCUCCCGCUCGUAAAGUUUCCAAUUAUUAUGUUUGUGAGGAUCAUUUCUCAAUGUUUGAUCGUAAUAAUCCGCAAGAUCCUUCACGUCUCAGAUAUCUUACCAUACCAGUAUCCCCCAAGUUUUAUUCAAUGACCCUCCUUCUGGAGAGGAUACCACAAAUCCAACCCCUUCUGAGCAAAAUGAAAAUUCCAAUGUUAUUCUGGAAGAUCAAUACAUUGAAAUCAGUAGAAGUGGUUCUAGAACAGAAUCUUACUAUUUAGAUAAAUAUUCUUUUUUGUUGUUGCUCUGGCAUAUUAACAAAGUCUGGUACAUCAAAGAAUUAAUUGAGCCCUAAGGAAUCAAUCAUGUAUAAAGUCAACCGGAAUGUUUGCUCAAGGCUAUCCAAAUUAAAAUCAAUUUUCA